AUGCUCCUAUUGCACAAUCCACCGCUUGGUUGGAUUGUCUAUGGAGCUGUCACCGCUAAACACGCUUCAACAUCACACGCAGCACUACAUGCGUCAGUAGAUACAGAAUUACAAGACGCUAUCGCUAAGUUUUGGGAACAGGAAGAGGUUCCAUCAGGUAAUUCACCGCUCAACACCGCUGAAGGAGACAAAUGUGAAAUUCACUUUCGUCAAACGCAUUAUCGACAGCCUGAUGAACGCUACGUAGUGAGAUUACCGCUUAAGGCCCUUGAGAGUCAACUUGGCGACUCUAUCAACGCAGCUAUGGGGUCACUCCGCAGAUUAAUAACUUGCUUGUCGCGAGAAAGAGAAUAUUCUGACAUGUAUCGUGCAUUCAUGGCAGAAUACAUUCAACUAGGACACAUGGUACGAAUACCAGUCAACGAAUUGCCCGCAAACGCUUACUUCUUGCCACACCAUGGGGUAUUGAAGCUUGAUAGUGCCACUACGAAGCUCCGGACAGUGUUCAAUGGUUCCUGUGCAACAUCUACAGGAAUUUCAUUGAUCGACAUUCUCCACGCAGGACCCAAAACGCAAAUUGACAUUUUUGAUGUGAUGUUGAGAAUCCGCUGCAGCAGGAUUCUAUUCGCUACUGACAUCACCAAGAUGUUCAGACCGAUUGAGGUUGACUCGCUUGAUUGGCCACUUCAGUGCAUUCUCUGGAUAGAUGAGAAUGACUUAAUAGACGCUUACUGUCUCAAGACAGUCACAUACGGAACUGCUAGUGCACCUUUUGACGCAGUACGUGUGCUUAUCCAACUAGUAAAGAAUGAAGGACACCGCUUUCCGCUAGCUGUUGCUCCAAUGUUGAAAACACGCUACGUAGAUGACAUCUACGGUGGAGCAGACAACGAAGAAGACGCUAUCAAGGCUGCAGUACAAACAAAAGCUCUGUGUCCAGCAGGCUGCUUCCCGCUUGCCAAAUGGGCUAGCAAUAGCCCACGGUUACUCGCUGAAGUCGCUCCAGAAAAACAGUUGGAUACACCGCUUAAAGAAAUCAGUGAUGCACCAGUAAAAGUCCUGGGCAUGUACUGGAAUUCACGCACUGACGCUCUCCAGUUCAAGUACACGUUACCGCCAGAGACGCCCAAGACAAAAAGAGCUAUUUUGUCUGAAAUCGCUAAGCUGUAUGAUCCGCUAGGACUUCUCACACCAAUAGUCGUCAAAGCCAAGAUCUUUAUGCAAGAUCUGUGGCUAGAUAGAGUGUCAUGGGAUGAACAAUUGUCACCAUCACUCAUUCACAAAUGGACUGGAUACCGUGAAGAUCUUCGAAACAUCGAAUCCAUCCGCAUUUCACGCUGGAAUAAUAUAGCACCUGGAGCAACUAUGGAAUUGCACGGGUUCUCAGACGCUUCGCAAAACGCUAUGGCUGCCGCUGUUUAUUUGAGAGUCACUGACGCUGAUGGGAACACAAAGGUCUCACUUUUGUGUUCAAAAACGCAAGUAGCACCGCUGAAGACCAUGACAAUCCCACGCUUGGAAUUAUCUGCCGCAUGGUUGCUAACACAACUGAUACUUCAUGUCAAAGAAGUUCAGUCGCUUGAAAAUGUCAGGAUCAAUCUCUGGACUGACUCCGCUGUGACUCUCGCAUGGAUUAAAAGUCCAGCAAUCCGCUGGAAGACAUUCGUCCGCAAUAGAGUGGGAAAAAUCCAAGAAACGCUUCGAGAUGUCUCUUGGAAAUUUAUUCCAGGAAAACAAAACCCCGCUGACUGCGCUUCAAGAGGUAUACCUACGCUAAAACUGAAACAACACGCUCUCUGGUGGCAUGGACCAACUUGGCUUCAUGAACCAGAAUCCUCUUGGCCCACUCUGGAACCUCCAACCGACAACGCAACGCAUCGAGAAGAACGCCAAGGUCUGACACUAGUAACUUGGAAAGCAGAAAAUUGCCUGCUCCAACAAUUACUGUCGUAUUAUACGCAGCUGUUUCCACUGCUACGGAAACUCAGCAUCUGGCAUCGUGCCAUCGACCGCUUUAAAAGAGUUCCACAAUCUUCGCUGGCCUACCCGCUUACUCCAUCAGACCUGGAGCGCGCUAAAUUGACCUUGAUUAAGUUCACUCAAGGACAAUACUUCGCUAGAGAGAUUCACACGCUACAAGAUGGUGAUGGUCUGCCUAAAAAUAACAGCAUCACUAAGCUGACUCCGUUCAUCGACCAUCAGGGGGUCCUGAGAGUCGGUGGCCGCUUGAAAAACGCAUUGCUGGACCCAGAAGAGAGGCAUCCAGCGAUUCUACCGCGACAAUCACCGCUUACAUCAAUUUUGAUUGAUGAUUCGCACCGCAAAACGCUUCACGGAGGUACUCAGCUUACGCUCGCUGAUUUACGAAAGAGUGUCUGGAUCAUUGGAGGCCGUAUUCCAGUCAGAUCAUUUAUUUUACGCUGCGUUAUCUGCACGAGACACCGUGGAGAACGCGCUCAACAGUUGAUGGGUCAACUACCCGCCGCACGAGUACAGCCAACUCGAGCCUUCUUGCAUACAGGACUCGACUACGCUGGACCUAUCACGCUGAAAACGUUUCAAGGACGUGGAGCAAAAACAUACAAAGGCUGA